AUGGAUGGUGAUGUGAAGCUCUCCCAAAAUGAUGGAGAAGCACUGGAAGAUCCUUCCCAAUAUAGGAGAUUGAUUGGAAAAUUGUUGUAUCUCACUAUCACACGACCGUAUCUCUCAUAUUCAGUGAAUCAGUUAAGUCAGUUUCUUGCUGAUUCUAAAGCGACUCAUUUGCAGGCAGCUUGUCGUGUUCUACAAUAUUUGAAGGGCACAGUUGGUCAGGGCCUUUUCUUCUCUUUUACCUCGGCAAUAGAGUUGAAAGCCGUUGCUGACUCAGAUUGGGAUGCUUGUCCUGAUACAAGAAAGUCCAUUAGUGUCUUUUGUGUUUUCAUUAGAGACUCACUUGUCUCAUGGAAAUCUAAGAAACAACAAACAGUGUCAAGAUCUUCUACAGAGGCAGAGUACCGAUCCAUGGCGAAUGUAAUUUGUGAGAUCAUGUGGCUGUUUUCCCUUCUCAAGGACAUAAGCCGGCAGUGUUAUUCUGUGAUAACUAGGCAGCUUUGCAUAUAG